AUGAAGACACUGCUUUUAAGUGACCAGGUAUUGGGAAUCUCCUUCCUCUCUCAGACCGUGGUGGGCGUGCUGGGGAACUCGGCGAUGUUCUUGGUGUACGUCCACAUCUUCGUGGCUCGGCCCCAGCGGAAGAAGCCCACGGACCUGAUCCUCACCCACCUGACCGUGACCAACACGGUGACCCUCCUCACGCGGGGCGUCCCGGAGACGAUGGCGGCCUUCGGGAUGAAGAAUAUUCUGGAUGAUGUCGGCUGCAAGAUCGUCGUGUAUUUGAGGAGAGUGGCCCGGGGCCUGUCCAUCUGCACCACCUGCCUCCUGAGCGUGUUCCAGGCCGUCACCGUCAGCCCCGGCACCUCCCGGUGGUCCCGGUUCAAACCCAGAGCCCCCCAUUACAUCCUCCCCUCCUUCCUCUUCUUCUGGAACCUCAAUUUGUUGAUCUACGUCAGCUUAAUCACUACGGCUCAAGCCACCAAAAACGUCACCACCACAGGACACACUUACAUUUCAAAAUAUUGUUCUACCAUCCCCAAGAGUAACGAGUUCGGCGUGGUGGUAACUCUCACCGCCAUGACCCUCCGAGACCUCGUCUUCGUGUUGCUCAUGACCUGGGCCAGCGGCUACAUGGUGAUCGUGUUGCACCGACACCACAGACAAGUCCAGCACAUCCACGGCACCGCCCGGGCCCCGAAAUCCUCCGCCGAGACCAGGGCCAUUCACACCAUCCUGCUUCUCGUCAGCUGCUUCGUGGGCAUUUACUGGAUCGACUGUAGCAUCAACCUCUAUAUGAGUUUUGUAAAGGGGUAUGAUAGCGAGCUGCAGAGCACCAUAGCCUUUCUGUCAGCCUUCUACCCAUCCAUCUGCCCCUUGGUGCUGAUCACCAGAGAUCCUCGUUUCCCUAAGCCCGAGUGUCUCUCCCAGAAUGGGAGACCCCUUUCACUUCCCGCGGAUCACCAGGGUGAGCACGUCUCCGCCCCGGCUUCUUCCCGAACGUCUCCGUGA